CCAUUUCACUACGCAAAGAACCCUUAAAGCAUGCAAAUAACUCAUGGUUCUAUAUAAAACCACUGUCUUUAUUAAAGAAACAACGUACCUUGUACAUUCCUGUGGGACACAUAAAUGGACAAACCUUUGUCCUGCUUGAAACCUGCGCAGAGAGUCAAAAUAACUUCAGUACUCCUACUGGACAUUUUUAUAAGAGAUUGUUGUCGUUUAUAAUUUUAUCUUACAUAAUGAGUCCAUAUAAACUCACACAGUGGUAAUAAAUCGGUGAUAUGCGUAUAAGCUGCGCAGCCUCAGACAGCUUAAAUGAUUUUCUUUCCAGUUUUAAAACGGACUGUUCCAAAAUUUGUAUAUUUUGGUAACCGCAGCGGCGGUGCUUUUUGGCAUAGGCUUACGAUAAAUCUGAUUAAGUCAUGAUAUCAUGAUGUCUACAUAGGAAUAUGAGUAGAUUUUGUGUUUUUAAACCUAUCUAUACAUUUUUUGUGUGCGUUUUUUGAUGGUACAAUCCAGGAAGCAGCGUGUGCAGUGUUUUGGUUGAAGUGAGUGACCUCUCAGAGCUGCUCUGAUUUACAGACACACUUUCACUCCUUUAAAAGCCUCUCUCUGGAUUUUAUUCAGUAUAUUCAGCGAAUGUGCUCGUAUGUUGACGUUUUAACCUCACCUGGGCCUGUUUACUGUUUAGCUGAGUGGCUAGCUACGUGAAAAAGUGAGGUUCAGCUCCUUCUGGACUGUCAUCAUCAUCAUCAUCAUCAUCAGCAUCGACAGCGUGUACUGUCCUGGCUAAAGAAGCUGCUCGCUGCCUCACAGGAUCCCCAGCGUUAAGUCUCGCCGAGCAGGCUGGCAUGUCGGAUUUAACGCUGCUGAUCGCGAGCCUCGUUGGGAUCUUCCUCACAGCGCUCCUGCUGACAGUCUCGGUUUAUGUGCUGUACUCUGGACUUCUGACGAACAUCCGCAUCAGGACCGGCUCUCCUCCUGUCAGGGGCAUCACUGUAGCUUACAAGUUCAAAAAGGGACCUUACAAGGAGUGCGGGACGCUGUUUGCGGAGAGCAGCUCUGUAGCACCCCGGCUGCCCACGGUGGGCAUCUUCUAUGAUGACCCAAAGAAGGUUCCUGGUCAGCUGUGUCGCUGUGCAGUGGGCAGUAUUCUGAGUGAGGGGGAUGAAAGGCCCAGUGUGGAGCUGCAAGAGCUUUAUGAGAAUUCAGGCUUUCAGAUCUUCACCUUCCCCGAGGUCACCCACGCAGUGUCCACCUCUUUCCCCCACAGAACCCCUCUGUCCAUCUUCUUGGGGGUGCAGAGGGUCUACCCACAGCUGGCCAGCUACAUUAAGGAGAGGAAGCUCUGCGCUCACCCGUUCCUGGAGAUCUACAGGGGUCAGCUGAUCCACUACAUGAGCCCGCUGGCCAGGCAGGGGGAUUUCUAUGUGCCUGAGGUCCGAGAGGCUCCGCGGAGACCACAGGAAGGGGAGGAGUCAGAGGAGGACAGGAGGACGGACAUCACCGGUGCAGACUCCCACAGUGAGUGCAGCUCCGUGAGCUACCUGCUCCCCUCAGACAGUCGACAUCCGUCUCUCGCCCCGUCCGACACCCCGUCCACCCUGUACCAGGACAGCUGGCGAGACCGGGACUCACCCGAGCUCAGUGGGUCUGACCUGGACAGUGGGCGGAGCUACAGAAGCUCUACUGCCUCAUCCUUUGAAGAGCUGGACGUAGAGUCAGACCGGGCGGCACCGGAGAACGACCAAAUGCCUGACAACCCAACGGAGGAUAAAAUCACUCAUCAGGAAGAAGUGAUGGUGGUGGAGGGGGAGGAGUGAGAAACAUGAGAAUGGAACAUAUUGGAAUAUGUUAGCGACAUAUUACAAAAUAUCAUAAAGAUGUACCGUAAUGUAGAGAGAUUGUCGGUUAAUAACUCAGUGGGGUUUUAAAUAGAUGUGGAUGUUUUGACUGUAAAGAGUAUUUUGGGAAAUUAUAGUUUUAAACUGAUACAGAUCUUACAGAUUUAACCGUUUGUGUGGUUGAGUAUCAACGUGUUCGGUAACGUUUUGAUUGACGAGUAUUUUAAGAGUAUUUCUUUGUUUUGACCAAAUAUUCAGAAGAGGUUGUGCCUCUUCCUGAAGGGAACCAGUACACACUCCUCCACUUCAGGAGUUUCACCUGUAGGACUUGAGAACAAUACUUGAAAACAGUUUGAACCAGCUAGCCUGGAUUCCUUACAUCCAUCUUCCAGCACCUUCUUUAGUAUUUAUGACUGAACGAUCAAACAUUUCUCAUUUAAAUGAAGAUUUCUGUGUUGUUUAUGGUAGUGAUUUAGAUAUUUUUAUGACUGUUGUGUUACUGACAUCUAAAAAUCCAACAUGGGCUGAAAGUGAUUACUCAUGCCUGUGUCAUUUUUUUUAUUCUAGAUGAUUCCGUUAUAUAAAGCGUUCGAUUUUUUGACAAUGUUAUGCAACGUUUGAGUUAUUUAGUUCAUUAUAAAAGUCCUUAAAAAAUAAAGACCUUUAAUACAGACUUAAUGUUUGCCAUAUAUCAAAGCCAUAUAUUUUUAUAGCAAAACCAAAUGUUUAUCAACAGGAAAUACUGCAAUGGGAGAAGAUUUCCAAGUGUGUAGUGGGUUAGAUUAUAUUUUAAUUAUACGAAUGACAUUUUUGUGAGUCUUGGUGAUCACUUGAAUUUUGGUUUUGCAUUUCAAUUUGGAGCUAUUGUGUCAUUCUUGUUUGUUUGUUUAUUUGUUUUUUCUUUAAAAAAAGUACUGUUUCAACGUGCCACUGAUUUUUUUUUUUACUUGUGGAAAAAUGUGUCAAGCAAAUUCUCACAUCUCAAUGAGACUUAAAUUGUGAUUGUGAUGAUUUUAUCCCUCCAGGCUCUUGACGAGUCCUAAGUGUGAUUUAAUAAAGUAUUUUUCACACUGUU